UGGCAGUGGUUUGUACAAAAUGAUAGUAAAUGCAAAUGGAAAAAACAAGGCUCCUCUUCCUAUUGAGCCCAAUAUUAAGAUUUUAUUUUGAUAAAUUUCUAAGCAUUUAGUUUUCUCAUUGAAUGAGGUUAAUCGUCUCUGUUAUCAUUUAAUCUAACCUGUUUUUAAGCUAAAAUUGCAAUAGAAACCACCAAUCUGGGCGUGGCUCCAAAUUCCCAGAACACAUUCUAAGCUAGAAGUUCGGCCUGCCACUCUCUGUCUCUCAUUUCAUCAUCAUCUGAGGGAGUGGCAAUCAGUUUGAGCACAGUUCCAACUCCAAGUACGAGUGUUGGUGGUGGAGGGGAAAGCUGGUGGGCACUGAAUUUGAAAGAAGAAGUGCUAUAGAAUUAAAAGAAGAAUGAGACUAACCCCAAGAGAAGUGGAGAAGCUAGGCCUUCAUAAUGCAGGGUACCUUGCCCAGAAGCGUCUGGCGCGUGGGCUUAGGCUCAAUUAUACUGAAGCUGUUGCUCUCAUAGCCACUCAGAUUCUGGAGUUUGUUCGUGAUGGUGACAAGAAUGUGGCAGAAUUGAUGGACAUUGGGCAACGACUUUUAGGAAGGAAGCAAGUUCUUCCAGCUGUUCCACAUUUGUUGGAUUCUGUUCAGGUUGAAGGGACAUUUCCUGAUGGAACAAAGUUAAUCACUAUUCACGGUGCAAUUGCUAGUGAAAAUGGAAACCUGGAGCUUGCUUUACGUGGCUCUUUUCUACCUGUGCCUUCCCCUGAGAAAUUUCUUGAAAUGGAAGAUAAAACAAUUCCUGGUGACAUGAUCUUCAAAGGUGGGACUAUUAUGCUUAAUCUUGGAAGGAAAGCAGUAAGUAUCAAAGUGACUAACACUGGAGACAGGCCAAUUCAGGUUGGAAGCCAUUAUCACUUUAUAGAGGUGAACCCCUUCUUGGUUUUUGAUCGUAGGAAAGCAUAUGGCAUGCGCUUAAAUAUACCAGCAGGAACAGCUACAAGAUUUGAGCCUGGAGAAUGUAAAACUGUUGUGCUUGUCAGCAUUGGCGGUAGGAAAGUGAUCAGAGGAGGAAAUGGUAUUGUUGAUGGUCCUGUUGAUGAUGCCAAUGUUGAAAUAGUGAUGGAAACCAUAAAGAGAGAAGGUUACGGGAAUCUGGAAGAUGCAAAUGCUAGUGAAGGUGUCACCGGAGAAGAUUCUGCUUUAAGCACAAUAAUUUCUUGCGAGAAAUAUGCUAACAUGUAUGGCCCCACUACUGGUGACAAAAUUCGGCUAGGUGAUACAAACUUGUAUGCUGAAAUAGAAAGAGAUUUUGCUGUAUAUGGUGAUGAAUGUGUCUUUGGGGGUGGAAAAGUUAUAAGAGAUGGCAUGGGUCAAUCAUGUGGGCAUCCACCAGCUGAAUCUUUAGAUAUUGCUAUAACAAAUGCUGUAAUCAUAGAUUACACUGGUAUUUUUAAGGCAGAUAUUGGUAUUAAAAAUGGCCUUAUUGUUGCACUUGGGAAAGCAGGCAAUCCAGAUACCAUGGAUGGUGUUUUCCCUAAUAUGAUCAUUGGUGUUAACACUGAGGUUAUUGCUGGGGAAGGAUUGCUUGUAACUGCAGGGGCUAUAGACUGUCAUGUGCACUUCAUAUGCCCUCAGCUGGUUCAUGAAGCAAUAUCAAGUGGCUACACAACAUUAAUAGGAGGUGGAACUGGACCUGCUGAAGGGACACGUGCAACUACUUGUACACCAGCACCAUUACAGAUGAAAUUGAUGCUGCAGUCCACUGAUGAGUUCCCUCUAAAUUUUGGCUUCACAGGGAAGGGGAAUGGUUCCAAACCUGAUGAACUACAUGAAAUAAUCAAGGCUGGAGCUAUGGGAUUGAAGUUGCAUGAGGACUGGGGAACUACUCCUGCUGCAAUAGACACUAGCUUGACUGUUGCAGAACAAUUUGAUGUACAGGUUAAUAUACAUACUGACACCUUGAAUGAAUCUGGAUUUGUGGAACAUACAAUUGCUGCAUUUAAAGAAAGAACUGUUCAUGCUUAUCACAGUGAAGGUGCUGGUGGUGGUCAUGCUCCAGAUAUUAUCAAAGUAUGUGGCGUUAAAAAUGUCCUCCCCUCAUCAACAAAUCCAACACGCCCUUAUACUUCCAAUACUAUAGAUGAACAUCUUGACAUGCUGAUGGUUUGCCAUCACCUGGACAAGGAUAUUCCAGAAGAUGUAGCUUUUGCUGAAUCAAGGAUUAGGGCUGAAACAAUUGCUGCAGAAGACAUAUUACAUGACAUGGGGGCAAUCAGCAUUAUAUCUUCUGAUUCACAGGCCAUGGGUCGCAUUGGAGAGGUGAUAAGCAGAACUUGGCAAACUGCCCACAAGAUGAAAUCUCAAAGAGGGCCAAUUGGUCCUAGCGGAUCAGACAGUGACAAUAUAAGGAUCAAACGUUAUGUUGCAAAAUACACCAUAAAUCCGGCUAUUGCUAAUGGGAUUGCAGAAUUUGUUGGUUCAGUAGAGGUGGGAAAGUUGGCUGAUCUUGUUUUAUGGAAGCCAUCCUUUUUUGGGGCAAAACCUGAAAUGGUAAUCAAAGGUGGUGCAGUUACUUGGGCAAAUAUGGGAGACCCUAAUGCAAGCAUACCAACACCUCAACCGGUUUUGUCAAGGCCGAUGUUUGGAGCAUUUGGCAAGGCUGGAAGUGCGAACUCCUUGGCUUUCAUCAGCAAGGCUGCUUUAGAUUGUGGAAUCAAAGGGUUAUAUGGACUCAAGAAAAGGGUGGAAGCUGUUGGCAAUACCAGAAGUCUGACCAAGCUUGACAUGAAGCUCAAUGAUGCCCUCCCAAUUAUCACAGUGGACCCAGAAACAUAUACUGUGACAGCUGACGGUGAGGUCCUCACCUGUGCUGCAGCAACUACUGUUCCACUGUCUCGGAAUUAUUUCCUCUUCUAGGCUUCACUUUCACCAUGUCUAUACUUUUGGUUUUUGUUUUUUGAAUUAUAAGUAUCCUAAGUAUGGCCAUUUGUAGCUGAGUUGCUUGCUCUUCCAAGUUUGCUGAAAACUUAUGUUCUAAUUAUUUACAUUUUAAAACCGUGCUUCUCAGUUUCUGGCAUGACAAAAGAUAAUGUGCAAGCUUGGCUUGCUUGCUUUAAAAGCAUCGUGGACAAUGGUCGGAAUCUGAUGUAACCAAGCAUGACAUCAAGGCGUUUCAGUCUGACCUGAUUAUGAGCAGAACAUUAUUAUU